GUUCUGAACUGUCACCGAUCAUCCAGAGUGUAAUCUGUCAUAUUAAUUAUUUUGUUUUAUAUUCUAAUGUUAUUUUAGAUUGAUGAAUCAGAAAAAUCAAAUAAUUUUAAAUAUAAAUUCCAGUUUUAAUUAAUAAUAAUAAUUAUAAAUUUUUAUCUUUGAUAUAUUCAUAAUGUCCACCAUAAAAUUACAAGACGACAUAAAUAACAUACCUCUUGCAGAUGAUGAUCCACAAGUCGUUAUUAACGACGAACCCGAUCAAAAUUCAACGUCAGAAGGCAAUUCUUCCUGCAUGAUACAUGGUAGAAGUAUGGAUUCUAUUCAAUCAACUUUUACAAAUGGGAGUUCAAGCCCCCAACAUCAUAGUUUGGAACCUGACUCUAGCCCUGAUGAACAAGAGGAGAAAGCUCGUUUAAUUUCUCAAGUACUUGAAUUACAAAAUACAUUAGAUGAUCUGUCGACAAGAGUAGACUCUGUAAAAGAAGAGAAUUUAAAAUUGAGGUCUGAGAAUCAAGUACUUGGUCAAUAUAUAGAAAAUUUAAUGUCUGCCUCGAGUGUAUUUCAGUCUACUUCACCAAAAAUUAAAAAGAAGUAAUAUUAAUUUUGGAUACUGUUUUUUAUGAAUGUUGUACGUUAGACUUGCACUAGCUUGUUUUGUGACUUUGUGAGCCUCUAAAGCCUGUGAUUAUUUUAUUUAAGUAUUAUUUAUGUAAGUUUUUGAUACAUUUAAUUGAAGACUUAUAAUAUGGCCAUAUAUAAGAACCCAUGUAUUUGGUAUAAAUUAAUUUUGAUAAGUGUUUUUUGUGUAUUGUGGAAAACGAAAAUUUUAAAACAUCCAGCAACCCAUAUUUUCAGCACUGCUCAAUUUCUAAUUUUGUUUUCAGGUAUUUAUUAAAUAAUUUUAGAAACCUUAUGCUUUAGUGUGAAUAAUUUUAGACUUAUUAGAGUAAUAAUACUUAUCUUUAUCCAAUGUUCCAUUUAAUAGUGUGCAGUGCACAGUAUUUCACUCAUGUAUGAUAAUAAUAGAUUUAAUAAGUAUUUAACAUACCAAAGGCACAAGACUCUCAAGUUGGAACAAACUGAAAUUAUGUUAAUAAAUAUAAUAUAUUGUUGUUAAUAUAUUUUAUAAUUCAAAAAAUUUUAAUGUAGAUAUACUUGCUUAAUUUUUAAGUUAAUAAAAUGCUUUAUA